AUGAUGACCGAAAAUGAUGUAAACAUUGUUACUGCUCGAGGUUAUAAGCACGCAGUCACACUUUAUGAACAAUCUCGCCUAUCAUAUCCAAAUGAAAUGAUUGAUUUAAUUAAGUCAUUUUAUAAUAAACCAAAUAUAACUAUUGAUCUUGGUGCUGAAAUAAUUGCUAUUGAACCAAUAUCAGCAACGCAUGAAAAUCUUAAAAAUAUUCCUUUAAUUACAAAAAUAAUUAAUGGAACAGCUGAACAUAUACCAUUUGAAGAUAAUACAAUCGAUAUAAUUCUAUGUGGAUAA